AUGAACAGACUUCAACUUCUCACGCGUGCAAUUAUCGCCAAACCGUUAUCCGUGAAUACGCUGGUUGCUGUUCGUUAUCCCCCUUCUUUUGGGCGACUUUUAACCAUAAAUGGCAUCCGUUCAUACUCGAGCGGACAUGAAGACGAGUCAUUCGAAGCCUUCACCGAACGUUACGUAAAGCUAUUCGAGGGAGUAGACGACCUAUUCGAAUUACAAAGAAAUCUAAAUAACUGUUUUGCCUAUGAUCUAGUGCCCGCCCCGUCAGUUAUUGAGGCGGCGUUGAAAGCCGCGAGGCGCGUCAACGAUUUCCCGACGGCCGUGCGAAUUUUUGAGGGACUAAAGGAGAAGGUGGAGAAUAAAAACCAAUAUAAUCAGUAUCUGGAGGAGUUGAAACCUGUGCGCGAUGAAUUAGGUGUCUUGACAAAGGAAGAACUAGGAUUGGAAUGGAAAUGA